UGGCAACAGAGGCUAAACAAAAGGCUCGCAGCUAGCGGGCUGAUUUGCCUGGCUGGGUUCAAGAUGAGCCGACCUGGCAGCAGACCUGAUGAAAGAGGGGUCAACAAAAAUGGAGACCCAGGAGGUCAUCUCUCCGUGCUUACCGACACUUUGACCGCAGCAGUGAGACCUGAAACAAGGCUAUUGUCUGCCUUCAAGAGAGACAUUGACGUCAGGAAGGUUUACCUGGCAGGGAGAGAGUAUUACAGCGAGGAAGGGAAGACCUUUGAACUGCGUCUUGUUGGAAAAAUAAAGCAGCAGCUAAGCGCUGAUACCACUCUACGUCCGGAGUAUCCACCUUGUUUUGGUUUGACAGAAUUCAGCCAGCAAGCCACAGAUGUUGCUUUGGGGAAGAGCUCUCGGGCUGUAAUCGAGAACCGGGUAUUAGGUGUCCAGACUCCCGGUUUUACUGCUGCUGUUCGUCUUGGGGCAGAACUCUUGAAACACUGGUAUGAUGCCUGUGCUGCUUGGUGCGGGCCCGUCUACCUCUCUUCCCCUUGUGAUGACUCACUGGCUGGUAUCUUCCAGGCAGCAGGGAUCCAAGAUAUCUGUGAGUAUUAUUACUGGGAUGACAAGCAGCGGGGCGUUUGUUUGGAGAAGCUUCUGGAGGAUCUGGAGAGGGCUCCGGAGCGAAGUGUUGUUGUUCUCUCAGCAUCUGCCCACUACCCAACCGGAGCAGACCUUUCUCAGAAUCAAUGGGCUGUGAUUACUCAACUCGUCAUGAGGCGUAGGCUUUUCCCUUUCCUCUUGCUGCCUGCCCAGGCACUCUGCAAUGGAGAUUUAGAGCGGGAUGCCUGGCCUGUACAGUACUGUGCAUCGCAGGGGAUGGAGCUCCUCUGUGCUCAGUCGUUCUCCCACUGCUUUGGACUAUAUGGUGAAGCUGUCGGACACCUCUUGUGCGUCUCGAAGCAGAACUCACACCGGUUAUCUGUGCAGUCUAAAGCUGACAAAAUAGUCCGAUCCCUGUGGGCCCAGCCAUCUGUCGGAGGAGCACAUGUUGUUGCCACAGUGCUCAGUAACCCAGCCCAUCUUGUUGAAUGGCAGAGAGAAGUAAAGUGCAUUGUGGAGAGAUGUAUGCUGAUCAGAAACAUUUUGAGAGAAAGGCUGAGACUUUUGGGAACUCCAGGCUGCUGGGAUCACCUGACUCAACAAGGUGGACUCUUCUGCUGUACAGGCUUGAAUGGUCAGCAGGUAGAAUUUCUGUCGAACAGGAGACACGUGUACCUGCUCCCUGGUGGCUGUCUAAAUGUCAGUGCAAUCAACGGUGGUAACUUGGACUAUAUAACCGAGUCUAUCCAUCUGGCUCUGACCACUUCACUCUGACCAUGUGGCUUUUGAUCAUUAAAUCAGUGUCCUAGUGGCUUUUCAGCCUGACUGAACUUUUCAUUAGUCACAUUGAAAGGCUCAAUUUCAAGUUCAUCAUAGUGUUUCAGCUCCAGCUAUUGCACAGUAAAUGCUGUUAAUCAUACAGAAAAAAUGUAUGGAAUUAUAGGUUUGCUUUUUGCAUUGCUGCUUACUUUUCUUGACAGAGGUCCAAUUAUUAGUAAUUGUGACACAGACCAGACUGUUAUGACCCUUCAAUUGAGAAAACAUGAGUAUGAGAUGAGUUCAGGUGUCCUGUGUGUGGUAUAUGUAGAGUGGUGAAAGAAGUACUCAGAUAUUUCACUUAGUCAAAGUAGCAAUACCACAGUACAAGUAAAAGUCCUGCAUUCAGAAAAGAAUAUUAACAUUAAAGAACACUUAAAUUAUCAUAAUAAAAAGUACUCGAUAUGCAGAAUGGCCCAUUUUAGAAUAAUGGAUAUCAUAUUAUUGGAUUAUGAUUAUUGAUGGUGAUUAAUGUACGCAUUGCUUUAAUGUUGCAGCUGGUAAAGGUGGGGAUACAUUUAAUUAAUUGAUGUACAGCUGGGUAGCUUUUGCAUAUGAAUAAAGUAUUGUCUUAGCCUAUAAUAAUACAUCAUCAUUUAUUUGUUGAAUAUAUUUUGUAUAGAAUUACAGUAAAGUAGCAGAAAAUUGUACUUAAGACAGAAAUGUGAAUGUACUUUCUUAUUUUCCACCACUGUCUAUAUCAAAUGAAACAAUAUGAGUGCAGUGGAUUCUUUUGUUACAGUUUUGUUCCUUUAUCUGCUGUAAAACACUGCCAGUCACUUAAAGACUUACACACUAAACUGUAUAUUUUAUAUUUAUACAUGAUAUUGUUUUGGUGUUUAUUUGUUGUAGUCUGCCAGAACCAGGCAAUAAGUCUAUAAGGCUAAAGCCAGCAGCUUGUUAGCUUAACUCAUUAGCUUAGCUCUGUCCAAAUAUAACAAAAUCCAUCUAAAAUGACCUCCAGAAGCUCAAAAUCAGCAUAUUAGAUUUGGUUUGAUUAAUCGAUACAAGUUAUGUGUGUGACAGAAUGACAAACCACAAAUUGUUUUGUUUUUUUUAAGCUUCAGGUUUUGUUGUGAUUAAACAAAUUAGAUAUAACAUUUGAAUUACUCAGUUGUAGAAGUGUUGGCUGCUUCCCCCAUUUGUCUGUAAUGUAGGCUAAGAGGCUGCUUGCUUUUCGAUCAAUUAGAUCAAUCUUCUCAUCAGACUCUCUGCAAGAAAGUGAUUACCAGUAAGUGCAUUCCCCAUGAUGUCGAACUUUUAUUUUCCAUAUGUAGUAGACUUGCAUGUGAGGUUAAUGUCAUGAAUGGGUGUGUGUCACUUUACGUUAAUCUGAGUUGAUUGAUUUGCUCUAGAUGGAAUUUUGUGAAAUCAAAAGAAGGUAUAGCAUCUUUUAGUGGCUAUAUACUGUGCUUUGUUAGUAACAACAUGUUCUGUACAGUAGGUGAUGAUCACACUCACCAGCACUCUUUAAAACAAGGUGAAUCAAGAGCUUAAUGGUCCAAGAGUAACCUUUAGAGGGAUCAGCCUUAGACAAACCGCCAUAUAUUGCUUACUGCAUCCAAAGCAAAAGGGUGCUCUCUUUCUUGCUUCAAGGAUUCCUUUCAGUGUCUGUGAACAUCCGUCAGAAACAUAAAUCUCUCUAUUGAAAACACAUGCUGUGUACGCAGCAGAUCUCAGCUGCAUUUAUAAUUCAUGUGUUUGCUGAAUAAACAAGCUUGACUUUAAA